AUGGAAGCGCCGAUCACCGGAGCCGAACAGUUUCGAUCGGAAUUUCUCCGUGUUCUUCUGAGUCGCCGAUCAUCCCAAGUUCCAUUAUUGGCGGAAUCUUCAAAGCCAGUGGAGAAUCCUGUUUAUCAAGCUGAUGUUCCAUCUACACAAGCAAUAGAGUCUUGUCCAAGAGAAGACAUUGGUAAUUUGAAUGAGAUGCUUAAAGAAGAAAACCUUCAUUUGCACACUGAGGCUGCAGAGCAAGGGAGAUUGCCUUUGCUUAUACUAAGUUUGAAAAAGAAGAGUGAAGAAAGAAGACCAGCGAUUGUGUUUAUGCAUGGCACAAACUCAAACAAAGAAUGGUUAAGACCAUGGCUUGAAGCAUAUGCUUCGCGGGGAUAUGUAGCCAUCGGUUUAGACUCUCGCUACCACGGGGAACGUGCUAACUGCAAAACUGCCUAUCGCGAUGCUCUUAUAUCAUCUUGGAAAAAUGGAAACACAAUGCCUUUUAUCUUUGAUACUGUCUGGGAUUUGAUCAAACUAGCUGAAUAUCUUACUCAAAGGGAAGAUAUAGACCCGAAAAGGAUAGGAAUUACCGGUAUUUCGCUAGGAGGGAUGCAUGCUUGGUUUGCUGCUGCAGCUGACACCCGCUAUUCCGUGGUUGUCCCGUUAAUCGGUGUUCAGGGAUUUAGAUGGGCAAUAGACAAUGAUGAAUGGGAAGGAAGAGUCAACAGUUUAAAGCCUUUAUUUGAAGAAGCAAGGAUUGAUCUGGGAAAGAACAAAAUCGACAAAGAAGUGGUCGAGAAGGUGUGGAACAGAAUAGCUCCUGGUCUAGCCUCUCAGUUUGAUUCGCCUUACUCGUUACCAGUUAUUGCUCCACGGCCUCUUUACAUCCUUAACGGUGCGAAGGAUCCUCGCAAUCCUCUUGGCGGACUAGUAGUUCCAUUAAAGAGAGCUAAGAAGGCGUUUAAGAAAACUGCUUCUCAUGGAAAUUUCAAGUUCGUAGCAGAAGAAGGAGUUGGACACGAGUUGACGAGUUUUAUGAUCAAGGAAUCAUCAGAUUGGUUUGACAAAUUUCUUAAAUAA